GCAUUGUCCAAGAUAUAACAGUUGGUACAAAGCGGGGAUCUGACGAGCUUUUCUCUUGUGUUACUAACGGACCCUUUAUCAUGAGCAACUCUGCUUCUGCAGCAAACGGAAAUGACAGCAAGAAAUUCAAGGGAGACAACAGAUCCGUAAGUGUUGGGUCUAGAGUGAUUCAUGUUCGACAACUUCCAGGAGAUGUUACUGAAGCUGAAGUUAUAUCUCUUGGUCUUCCAUUUGGAAAAGUGACCAACCUGUUGAUGCUAAAGGGCAAAAAUCAGGCCUUUCUGGAGAUGAAUACAGAGGAGGCUGCAAACACCAUGGUGAAUUACUUUGCUACAGUUACACCUGUGCUCAGAAGUCAGCCAAUCUAUAUCCAAUUUUCAAAUCACAAAGAACUGAAAACUGAUAACUCUCCAAAUCAAGCUCGAGCACAAGCAGCGCUGCUGGCUGUGAAUUCGGUCCAGUCUGGAAAUGUUGCACUGUCUGCCACUGCUGCUGCUGUGGAUGCUGGUAUGGCUAUAUCAGGACAGAGCCCAGUUCUCAGGAUAAUUGUGGAAAACCUUUUCUAUCCAGUUACUCUUGAUGUCUUGCAACAGAUUUUUUCCAAAUUUGGGACCGUUUUGAAGAUUAUUACUUUUACAAAGAACAAUCAGUUUCAGGCGCUUCUUCAGUAUUCUGAUCCCAUGUGUGCCCAACAUGCCAAACUGGCUCUUGAUGGGCAGAACAUUUAUAAUGCUUGCUGUACGCUGCGUAUUGACUUCUCCAAGCUCACCAGCCUCAAUGUAAAGUACAAUAAUGACAAAAGUCGGGAUUAUACCCGGCCAGACCUUCCUUCUGGGGAUGGACAGCCCUCUUUGGAUCAAACCAUUGCUGCUUUUGGAGCUCCAGGACUGAUAUCUGCAAAUCCUUAUGCAAGUGCUGGUUUUCCACCAGCUUUUGCAAUCCCACAAGGUUUUUUUGUUUGUUUUUUAGGUGUCCAUGGAGCACUUGCACCUCUUGCACUUCCAUCUGCUGCAGCAGCUGCUGCUGCCAGUAGACUUGGCAUUCCAGGAUUGGCAGUCCCUGGAAAUGCAGUUUUGCUUGUCAGCAACCUUAACCCAGAGAGAGUCACACCCCAAUGCCUCUUUAUUCUUUUCGGUGUGUAUGGUGAUGUACACAGAGUAAAAAUUCUCUUUAACAAGAAAGAGAAUGCACUUGUCCAGAUGGCUGAUGGGAACCAAGCUCAGCUAGCUAUGAGCCAUUUAAAUGGACAAAGGCUUCAUGGGAAACCACUUCGCAUCACUGUGUCUAAGCAUCAGACUGUCCAGCUACCUAGAGAGGGGCAGGAAGACCAGGGAUUAACAAAAGAUUUCACAAACUCUCCUCUCCACCGCUUUAAGAAGCCGGGCUCUAAGAACUUUCAAAAUAUCUUCCCUCCAUCUGCCACGCUUCACCUCUCCAAUAUACCGCCUUCUGUGAGCGAAGAGGAUCUAAAGCAGCUUUUCUCACACAAUGGAUGCACCGUGAAAGGCUUUAAGUUCUUCCAGAAAGAUCGGAAAAUGGCUCUUAUUCAAAUGGGGUCUGUUGAAGAGGCUAUAGAAUCUCUCAUUGAACUUCACAACCAUGAUAUGGGAGAGAGCCAUCACCUGAGAGUUUCCUUCUCAAAGUCCACCAUCUGA